AACAGAAAAACGGAUGUAAAAAUGUGAAAAGAAAACGAAAAAGAAAGACUAAUCAAAGCCCAACGGGCUAGAAGGCACUGGUAACUCACAACCGACCUUACGCCGUCCGUCGCGCCGUGGUGCGCCUCCGCCGGACGCGAGGCCCGCCGUCUCUGCCCCGCGCGCCGCUUGCUCCCCUCCCUCUCGCGCGUCAUCCCGGGGUCUUCCGCCGCCCGAAGUUCGCUGCCCCGAGCUCCGUCCCACCGACAUCGCCUGGUCCCCGCUCCGUCUAGCCGGAAUCAAGCCACCGUUCGGCGUCACCGGCGGCGAGGUAGUAGGCACCGCCAUCCCUUCCCACUUUCGUUUACCUCUCGUUGUUUGUUUCGAUUGGUUGGCUGAAAGCCUGAAACCAUGCCCUGAAACCCUACGUUUUGAUUUGGGGAUCGAGGAGGCGUAGAGCGGCGGGGCCAUGGAGGAGGACGGCCUCGACAUGGACGGCGUCUUCGUGGGCGGCCGCGACGGGGAGUUCUACUACGAGGGCCGCCGCGAGCGCGCGCCCCAGACCUGCGACGAAGCCCUCUACGGCGUAUUCGGCAAGGGGCACUCCGACUACGACUACGACUCCGAGGAGGACGAGGGGUCGCGACGCCGCAAGCGCAGAAGGGACGAGUCCGAGUCUGACUUCACUAGGCCCAUGCAGUUCGUCUCCAAGGGAAUGCCCGAGGGGGUGGAGCAGGAGGAGCAGAGGCCUGGGCUUGGCCAGGCCCCGUCUUCCCUGCGCACCGCCGCCGCCGAGGGCGACCAGGAGGAGGUCAUCGACCUGCCCACGGGGUUCGGGCAGCGGAUCGCCGAGGGUGCGCGUGCCAGGCGGGAGGAGAAGGACCGGCAGCACGAGGCGGCCAAGCGCCGCCGCCAAGCGUCGUCGGCGGGGGUGGAUGAUGGAAAACCAGCUCUGGCCCCUGGCAGCGUGGAGUCCAACACGAAGGUGGCUAAGAUGAUGGCUAUGAUGGGGCACAAGAGAGGAAUGGGCCUCGGCAAGCAUGCUCAGGGAAUCACCGCACCGGUGGAGACCAUCCUGCGCCCCAAAAAUGCCGGACCUGGCAGUGUUGAGGAGUUUAAGGAGGCCAAGCCCUUCACUGCCAAGGAGAACCUGCCACCCCCACCUCCUCUGCCGUCUGCCAAGAAGGAAAAGCAACGGUGGUCCAAGAAGGCCAGCUUGAAGAGAGAUCAGGUCCUGACAAAGAAUGAGUUGCUGGCUAUGCGCGCCGAGCAGGAACAGGAUGAGCAGCCCACGGUUGUCCAGAAGGUGAUUGACAUGCGAGGGCCUCAGGUUCGUGUGCUGACAGACUUGAAGGGGCUCAGUGAUGAACAGGAGAUAGAGGCGAAUGAUGUGCCAAUGCCAGAGUUGCAGUACAAUGUGCGGGCGCUUGUUGACGAGACCAAGGCUGAUAUCAUCAGGUUGGAGGGGCAGCUGCGACAGGAGCAGGAGAGGGUGGCUAGUUUUGUGCGGGAGAAGGAGAAAGUAGCAAAGCAGGAGGCGUUGCAGAAACACCAGCUGCGGGUUAUGGAGACGUUUGCAGGUGUGCUGGAGCAAGUCUGGGUGGACGAUACAGCUGGUUUGCUCAUGCUGCGAGGGUUGCUCAAGACCUUCCAGGAAUUGAAGCUGCGUCAUGAGGAGGAGUUCAAAAUGUGCAGCAUUGCAUGGAUUGCUUGCCGAUUUGCUCAUCAGUUACUGAUCCGGGUCUUCCAGGGGUGGCAGCCUCUGCAAAAUCUGUUGUUUGGCUUGGAAGUCAUGUCAUCAUGGAAGGAUUUGCUGCAGUGUGACCAGCCAUAUGAUUUCUCAGAUGCUACUGAAUCAAUGGCUCCAUAUGUACAGCUGGUUAGUGAGGUGAUCCUGCCAGCUGUGAGGAUAUCAGGAACUAACUCAUGGGAGGCUAGGGAUCCAGAACCAAUGCUCUGCUUUCUUGAGUCAUGGGAGCGGUUAUUGCCCCCUAUUGUGCUCCAUUCAAUAUUAGAGCAUGUAAUCAUGCCAAAGCUCACAGCUGCUGUUGAAUCCUGGGAUCCACGUAGGGAGAAUGUACCACCGAUUCAUGUAUGGGUACACCCAUGGUUGCCGACUCUAGGACGAAGGAUAGAGACCUUGUGUCACUCUAUUCGGUACAAGCUGAGUACUGUCCUCCAUGUUUGGCAAGCUCACGAUGCAUCAGCCUGCGCUUUGCUAUCUCUAUGGAAGGGUGUAUUUGAUCCAUCAAGUUGGGAAGACUUGAUAGUGCGCUAUAUCAUUCCUAAACUUAAAAUGGCACUCCAGGAGUUUCAGAUCAACCCAGCAAACCAGAAGUUCGACCAGUUUAACUGGAUUAUGAUUUGGGCUUCUGCUGUACCAGUACACCAUAUGGUCCAUAUGUUGGAAGUUGAUUUCUUUAGCAAGUGGCAGCAGGUUCUCUACCAUUGGUUGUGUUCACCGAAUCCUGAUUCCAAUGAGAUCACAAACUGGUACAAGGACUGGAGGGGUCUUUUCCCACCAGAGUUACUCGCCAAUGAGCGCAUACAGAUGCUUCUAACGGCUGGUCUUGAGAUGAUGAACCAAGCUGCUGAAGGGGUUGAGUUGGUGCAGCCAGGGGCAAGGGAAGAUGUGGGCUACUUGAGAGCAACAGAGAAGUGGAAAUAUGAUGCAGCACAGCAAGCAUCGCAAUACCCAGCUUAUCAUUCAGUGCCAGGAGCAGUCAUGGGAGAUAUGAGCUUCAAGGAGUCUAUUCAGGCAUAUGCGUCUGACCAAGGUUUGCUGUUUAUGCCUAGAGUUAAUAAAUCCUAUAAUGGCAAGCCAGUGUAUGAAUUUGGCACCGUGAGUAUCUUCAUAGACUCUGUCAAGCGACUACUCUAUGCGCAACUUAAAGAGGGAACAGAUAGAUGGAGUUCUGUGUCUCUAACACAACUGCUGGAAAUGAACCGGAUGGCAAGAUCACACUAGCAAAUCAUCUAAGCUUGAAAUUUCAUUUCAUUUCUAUUUUUCCCGCCAUGUAGAAGUCUUCAGAAUGUGGCUUUUGAGAGCAUUUCUGUAGAAUUAGUUACUAAAGAACAAAGUUUCUGGUGAUGUGUCUGAAUGUGAUUUUCUACAUGUAUAUACAUGGAACUCAGUUAUUGCUGCCCAAGAAUGAAUAAUCUAUGCAGAUCUAUUUCUAGUUGUACGUUGAUAUA